AAAUGUGGAUAGAAUGUUAUCGCCAUAAACUAGUUCAUGGGACAAAUACAAAUAAUUAUAUAGAGGCAUAUCAUAAAAAAAUUAAAUAUGUCUACCUUAUGACUCGGCUUAAUAGUAGAAUAGAUUUUCUUAUUAAUGAGUUAGUAACUAAAAUAUUACCUGACUAUCGUCAACAAACAAUUCAGCGUGAGUUAGGUGUUGGGAGAAUGAAUUUGCACUAUAAAGUUUGGAGGCAAUUUGAAUUAAAUUCUGUUAGCAUUGAUAAUAGUUCAAUUUUUCGCUUAGAUGAGUCUACAUAUAUUGUCAAAUCAACUCAGGGUAAGAAUGAUUAUACGAUUGAGCAAACGGGAGAUAAUGUAUUAACCCUUACCUGUAAUUGUGAAGCAUAUUUAGGAAACCCAGUACCUUGCAAACAUAUAUUCGUUGUUACACAUAAAUAUAGUAUUAAAAUCCCUGAACAAACCACUUACUUACCCCUACUUAAUGACGAUGAACAAUUUACUAUCGACAACUCAAUUAUUAGAAUUCAAGAAAAUAACUUUAAAAAAAGAAUUGAAGAAAUGAAUCAUCGUAUUAACCAACAGCUAGAAAGAUUAGACAAUCUUCUUCAAAAAAUGGAUCUAAACAGUAUACCUUUAGAAAAAAGAGAAGAUAUUGUUAAUAAGCUGAAAGAAGUAUAUUAUAUUCUUUCUCAAUAUUAA